AUGCAGAACCGUACCAAAGUCCGUCGCCGUGUGCUGGCCUGUGCUCGCUGCCGGAAGCGUAAACUCUCGUGCGAUGGCAAGGUUCCUGCCUGCACUCGUUGUGUGGACGCAGGCAUCCAGUGUGUUGGCUUCGACUCUUCAACUCAACAAGAAGCUCCGCGAUCCAUUGCAGAUUUCUUGGAAGCGCACAUUGUUCGGCUCGAGGGCCAAACCAGCACUCCAUCAACACUGCGAUCGUUGGGACAAUCGAGUGCUACUCUAUCAUCUCCAGCAGAUUCCCACACACCUGACUCCAGACCGGGUCAGUGGCGUGCAGAGAAAUGUGCCUUCGCAGACAGCCUUGUCAACCAGGUCAUGGAAGACAUCACACCUUCAUUCCUGGGUGUCUGCAAGGCCCGGCCAUUUUUGCAGUGCGUCAUCAAAGGCACCAGGCUACCCUCGAAGAAGGGACCUGUUCUCUCCAAUGAUUUGAACGAAAACCAUCCUAGAUCCAUCUUGAAUCCUCAACAAACUAGGGGACUCUUUUAUGACCUCAUGCCCGAUGAGGUUGGCGCCAACAAACUACUUCAAAACUACCUAGAUCGCGUCAUCACACAAUAUCCCAUAUAUCAUCGCAACGACGUGACAGCUGCCUUCAACUCCAUCUACCAUAAAAAGGCGGCAACUCCCAACGAGGACUCGUUUCGAAAUCGCUACAUAGUCUGUAUCAUCAUGGCUAUCUCGCUAACCACAAGCGCCCGGAACAAUGUGCAGAAGGCGAAUGAUCUUGCUUAUCAGCUGGUUCGACAUGCCAUGCAAUGGAUUCCAGAAGUUGCGACCAACGACAUCGCUGGACUGCAGGCUAUUUUGCUUCUGACGCAGUACAUCUUCCUAAAUCCCAGGAUGGCAGAUCUGUGGCUCAUGACAGGCCUCAUCAGCCAAGCAAUAAUCGACCUUGGUCUUCAUCAAGAAUUGCCGAACGACGCCAAGGUUUCUGCCUAUCAACGCGAUAUGCGGCGGCGUAUAUUCUGGUGCGCGUGGGAGAUGGAGGUUGGAGUCUGUUGCAUAUUUUUACGCCCUACAAGCCUCCCCAUCGGACGUAUAGAUGUCGCUUUCCCAUUGGAAAUUGACGAUACCGCCAUUACGCAAUCUAGCAUGUCGCCUACUGGGCGUGUUUCCAAAUUCACGCAGCGUAUAAUCUGUCGCUUUCGUCUUAUUGAAGCCGACAUCAUAUCUGUUCUGUGGCAUGGCGACCCUAUAUCCCAGGAGUACUCUUCGUUGGAGCAAUGGAGGCAAAACUGUAUCGAUGCUAUGGCAGAUUGGCAACGAGAUAUAUAUGCCGCUUCAGAGGCCAACAAGGAUCGUAGCUUGAAUGCACGAUGGACUGAGAUGCGCUUGUACUCCGACAUCGCAUGCCCUUACGUCUUAUCCUUGCUACAUCGGUCUUCUAAACGAGUACCCCAUCCAAGCAGGGAGCAGAUGAUGGUCGCUCUGGUCAAUGCUGUCAAGGUUGCGGAUGGCUAUUUCCAGCAAUCAGAAGCAGAGGCUGGAAAGAUCAAAUAUGUCUUUCAUCCGUGCCAUCAUGUCUUCAAUUGUGCGCUCAUAUUCCUGCAGGGGCUACAGCGCUGCAAGAAAGAAGUUGCACAAAAUUACUCAUGGCAACAAGUAGAAGAGUGGAUGCAUGUCUUUUCGAAAUGCUUUUUGUCCAUCUCUGAGCGAUGGGCAGCCGCGAAAAGGUGUUUUGAAGAAUACGAACGGCUUCUUCUCCCAGUUAAGAAAGAAUACCUCGAAUUUCUGGAACAGAAAGCAAGCUAUCGUCCACCAACACUCCAACAGACUGUAUCUGAUACGAGCACUAUGUACGAUUACCAAAUUCCGCCUUCUAUACUCACAGAAGUCGAUGAAGCUUAUCAAUUCUGGAUGGUUUUCAACCCUACCACUUCAACUACUUCAACGACUGAUACCGUGGAUCCGCUUGGUGCCUUUUCAUAUAACCUGCCGCCUUCCGACUGGAAUGCGGAGUUUUCUUUGAACGAUAAUAUGGACAUGAUACCGGAACUAUAA